AUGGAGCUUUGUCUCAAUACGGAGGGCAAUAAGAAAUUGCAGUACUUAAACUACUUUAUGCACCGUAUUAAUCUGCUUCGCCACUAUAAGAUCACUCCUGUUGUUGUUUUUGAUGGUGGGAAUAUCCCGAGAAGAAAAGCUAAUUGUGACUUAGCUAUGGCGAAGCUCAAGGAAGGCAAUGUUGGUGCUGCCUCUGAGCUCUUUCAGAGAGCAGUGAGUGUCACUCCAUCGAUGGCGCAUCAACUUAUUCUGAUUUUGAGUUCAGAGAAUAUUGAAUUUGUAGUAGCUCCUUAUGAGGCCGAUGCACAGCUGGCAUAUCUGUCCAGCCUUGAAGAAGAAAGAGGUGGAAUUGUAGCUGUAAUUUCAGAGGAUAGUGAUCUUCUAGCUUAUGGUUGCGCAGCUAUUAUCUUUAAGAUGGACAGGUAUGGCACUGGUGAAGAGAUGGUGCUUAGGGAAGUUCUUGAUGCUGUGGCUCGAGUACCUUCCUUCCAAAAUUUUAACGAAGAAUUGUUCACUGGGAUGUGUGUCUUAGCUGGCUGUGAUUUCCUUCCAUCUGUUCCUGGAAUUGGGAUUGCAAAAGCUUACAAUUUGGUUUCCAAGUAUCGGAAUUUAGACCGUGUUCUAUCCGUCUUAAAGCUCGAGAAGGGCAAUCAAAUGCCUGAAGAUUACACAAAAGCAUUCAGAGAGGCAGUUGCGGUCUUCAAUCAUGCCCGAAUGUAUGUGAACUUGGAGCAGAAGCCUACUUUGGAGGAAAGGAACCAGAAGCUCGAAAUCAAGUACAUGAAUGAGGAUGUAGUCCUUGAAAAAUUGAUAUUCCCUCUGAACAAUGAAACCAAGGAAGAAAAAAGCAGAAUUCCUGAUAAGAAUCUGUUAAAGGUUCCUGACAACAACCCGUUUAAGAAAAGAAAGCUAGAUGAAGCUCAUUUUGACAGGACAGAGAGCGUUAUCGAAGAAGUUUCAGUUGUAACAAAAGUUGAUAAUUCGGAAAUUGUAUGCUUAACUCCAAAGUCGCAGGGAAGUGUUGAGUCUAAACCUAUAGAGAUGACUGAUGGGAAAGGGAGACGAAAAAGUGAAAAGAAGUCGAAGAGAAGCAAUUGCCACAGUUCAGGAAAUAAGAAAAGCAGUAUUUUGAAUUUCUUUUCUCGUGUGUAAUCCUUAACCCUUCUUGAUAAUAAAUCAUAUUCUGA